AUGCUAGUCAAAAGAGUAAAUGUAAACUAUACAAAUAGUGAUCGCAACUUGUUUAAAUAUUUAUUGAAUUGUGAGCAUAUUAUCUUCCAGAUUGCCGUGCUGAUUUGCGCCUUAAGUGCACUGCUCGGCCUUACGUCAGCGAGACCAGACAGCGCCGGCAAGCAUCCGUUACCCGGACCAGGCCUCUCUUACGGUGGUAUACCAUACGGUAGCAUGAGUGGGAAUGUCGCAGAGUAUUUUAAACGACAAGCGCCAUCUUUGAGAAGUUUCUCGCACAGCGCUGCAGCGCACGAUGUGGAUUACGCACCAAUUGAACAGUGGCUUUAA